UCUGUUUUUUUUAGCUUUCGUGAUCAUGCUGAACCUUGCACUUUGUUUCAACCUUUAUGAUUAAAUAAAAUGGCUGCAUGCAUUGUCAUGAUGCAGAUGCCGGGGGCUUUCCUCCUUUAAAAAAAAAUCUCUUACCAACACUUAUUAGUAAAUUGUACUAGCAGCGCAACACUAAGCGUGCACCACGUCCAUAUAUAGACAUCCAAGCCAGGCCACACUUCGGUUGAAGAAACCUGAACAUCUCUCGGCAAGACCAGUCUGCCAAAGAAGCGAGAUGGCCUGGCUGUCUUUCCUUCCCAUCUCCGUCCUGCUGCUAGCUAGCCUCGCCGCCGCCGUGGAUCCAGAGGAAGGAGGCAUCAGGUUCAGCGUGCGGUACCCAACCAAGGAGCAGUCGCGGUGGCUGGACCGCUGGGCGGAGAAGCACCAGGCUCAAGGGUCCGGCGAAGGCUUCAAGAUCCGGCCGGCCACCGACGAGGAGUCGGCGUUUCUGAACCGCAUGUCAGGCCGCCGUGCCGGUAUGGAGAAAACCGGCAGCCGAGCCGGCUACGACGGCCGCAUCGAGUUUAACAACGACCAUCCGUAUGCAUCCUCCUCAAAUACAUGUCCACGUACUAGUGAUUUUUUCCCCUCUACCUGCAUUGCUUGCUUGCUGUAG